UCCGCACUCUCUCCGCCUUCUCAUUCCUCCUGGCUCCUCCCAGUCCCAUACAACGCCUUUCCUUGGCUCUCUCGGGCCCUCCAAAGCGCAAAGCACACGAUCGGCAGGAGCUCGAACAAAAUCCUCAACUGUCUUGGGCCCGAACCAGUUCUUUGCAUCCGGUGCCUUCUCCAUCCUUCAGCUCGCGCUUCCUAGUGCGGUGCUGCUAUUCUUGGUGGGAAGUUAUAUUCUUGGUUGCUCGAAUCGGGUGCGCACGAAUCGCUGAAGCUCGCGCCUUUUGUGGAUUGAUUCCUCGAGAGCUCGACACAGGAUCGAGUUCUUGGAAGCGGCUUUGGCUCCCUGUUGGCUACUGGCGCGCGCGAAUCGAAUAAAAGGCGCGCUCUUUUGCUCGGUUGUCGCGACUGGAGGCGGCGAGAGGAAGCAUGGGCGCGGGCGCGUCGGACCUCGCGGGGAUGGAGCCCAGCGGCAAGGUCGCGCGCGCUGGGCUGGGCGACCUGCCGGAGCUGUGCGCCGCGGAGGUGCUGCUCCACCUCGACGCGCCAGACAUAUGCCGGCUCGCGCGGCUGAACCGUGCGUUCCGCGGCGCGGCGGCGGCGGACUUCGUGUGGGAGGCUAAGCUGCCGGAGAACUACGGUCGUCUCCUACGUUUCGUCGAUGGUGCUGAGGAGGGAGAAAUGGGGAAGAUGGACAUCUUCGCGAGGCUCGCCAAGCCUGUUCCGUUUGACGGUGGCAGAAGGGAAUUCUGGGUAGAGAAGACCAAAGGUGGCAUUUGCAUGGCGCUGUCAUCGAAAGCGCUGGUGAUAACGGGGAUUGAUGAUAGAAGAUACUGGGUUAACAUGCCAACCACUGAAUCUAGGUUCCACUCAAUUGCAUAUCUCCAGCAAAUCUGGUGGUUUGAGGUAGUUGGAGAAGUCGAUUUCUGCUUCCCUGUAGGGACCUACAGCCUAUACUUCAGGCUUCAUCUUGGCAAGUCUUCAACACGUUUUGGUCGCCAUAUCUGCAGCACAGAGCAAAUCCAUGGCUGGGACAAGAAGCCUGUACGGUUUCAGUUCUCUGCAUCAGAUGGUCAGCAUGCCGUGUCCCAGUGUUACUUAGAUGAGCCUGGGAGCUGGAUUUUGUACCACGUUGGUGAUUUCGUUGCAUCAGGCUCUGAGCAACCAAUCAAACUGAAGUUCUCGCUGGCCCAAAUCGACUGCACUCAUACAAAAGGUGGUCUGUGCGUCGAUUCAGUACUAAUAUACCCGAAAGGCUUUGAGCCAGAAAGGGUGAUCAGGUCUCAGAAAUGAGUUGGCACACUUGAUAGAGUAUCACUAUACAUUAGAGUUGUAGAGGAAUCUAAGCGGCCUACCCUUUUUAUCUUGGGCUAAUUUUAUGCUAAGAAAGCAUGUGCACAUGGUAGAGUGAUUUUUCUUUUUUAUUUUUGGGAAUGAUGGCAUCAGUGUGCUUUAGUUUUCGCUUUCUCACAGUGGUCAUGGUGCUGACCGCCUAGGACAGGAAACCUGUAUGUAUUGAGCUCUGGAUUUUAGUUACCUGUUGUGAUCCACACGGCUAUACUAGUCCUAUUUCUCUUCACAA